ACGAGCAAAGUUGGCUUUCACCACACAGGUAUUGCUUAUAUUGGUAAAGAGAGAUGGGUUCAAUAGGAGAAGCACCCAAAAAACUACAUGCGGUUUGUGUCCCUUUCCCAGCUCAAGGUCAUGUUAACCCCAUGAUGCAAUUAGCUAAGCUUCUUCACUCAAGAGGCUUCCACAUAACCUUUGUUAACACAGAGUUCAACCACCGGCGCCUAAUCCGGUCCAAAGGCCCGGACUCCGUCAAGGGCUUGCCCGACUUCCAGUUCGAGACCAUACCGGACGGGCUGCCUCCUUCGGAUAAGGAUGCAACCCAAGAUGUUCCAGCCUUAUGCGACUCCACCAGGAAAACCUGUCUAGGUCCAUUCAAAGAGCUGGUCACUAAGAUCAACUCCUCAUCUCAAGUGCCACAAGUUACUUGUAUAGUUGCAGAUGGUGUCACGGGAUUUGGGAGGCAAGCUGCUCAGGAGUUAGGCAUUCCGGAGGUCCAGUUUUGGACUGCCUCUGCUUGUGGCUUCGUGGGUUACUUGCAAUACAGUGAGCUCGUCAAGCGAGGCGUUGUUCCAUUCAAAGAUGAGACUUUCCUGCAUGAUGGUACACUGGAUACACCAAUUGAUUGGGUCCCAGGCAUGAAAAAUGCUCGGCUCAGGGACAUCCCCAGCUUCAUCAGAGUCACAGAUGUCAACGACAUAAUGUUCGAUUUCUUGGGAUCCGAAGCACGAAACUGUUUGAAGUCUUCUGCAAUCAUCUUCAACACAUAUGAUGAAUUUGAACAUGAAGUGUUAAAGGUAAUAUCGACCACGUUCCCUAACAUCUACACCAUUGGCCCCCUUAAGUUGCUUGAGAGGCAAUUGCCUGAAACCGAAACGAAAUUGGUCGGGCCACUUAGCUCAAACUUAUGGAAAGAAGACACAGAAUGUUUGAAAUGGCUUGAUCAGAAGAAACCUAGUUCAGUUGUGUAUGUAAAUUAUGGGAGCAUAACUACAAUGACAGAUCAUCAUCUGAAAGAAUUCGCAUGGGGGCUUGCAAAUAGCAAGCACCCAUUUUUGUGGAUUGUUAGGCCUGAUGUGGUAGAGGGAGACUCAGCCAUUUUACCCGAUGAAUUUUUUGAGGAGAUUAAGGAUAGGGGUUAUAUAGCAAACUGGUGUCUACAGGACCAAGUGCUUGAUCAUCCAUCUGUUGGGGCUUUUUUAACACACUGUGGCUGGAACUCUACUAUUGAAAGUGUAUCCGGAGGUGUGCCUGUAAUUUGCUGGCCUUUCUUUGCUGAGCAACAAACGAAUUGUCGAUACGCAUGCACCGACUGGGAGAUUGGAAUGGAGGUGAGCCCCGAUGUGAAGUGUGACGAAAUCGAAGCACUUGUUAAGGAAAUGCUGGAAGGGGAAAAGGGGAUGAAGAUGAGGCAAAAGGCAAGAGAAUGGAAGAAAAAAGCUGUAGAAGCUACUGAUAUUGGAGGAUCGUCGUACAAUAAUUUUGAUAGAUUGAUUAAGUCUCUCCAUUAAGGUGGAUGACUGCUACAAUGAAGAACAAAUGUGGUUCCUUGUCAAGACUUGGCUAAGCUUUUAUUUGCUAAGGGGUUUUAUCUUAUUUUCAUGUUCAAGUGCUGUAAUAAUGUUUAUGUUUUAUUUGGACGUCAGUUGUUUGCAGCCCAACUCUGUCACAGUUUCCAAGUAGACUUGGCUAAGCUUAUGAAUAAAAUUAAUAUUUCCGUU